AUGGUCAACAUUAUACUCAACGUCAUGGAGAUCAUCUGGAGAACAGUUGUUUCAACGCUAAUGCUCUUUUUCUUCUCGAGAUAUUUCUACAAUCCUCCAACUCCUCCAAGUCCUUUCCUCAUUUUCUUUUUCCUCGGUUUGAUUAUUUUCUUGUUUAUCAUCGAUCGUAACCGUUCAGUCUACCAAGAAACUGAAGAUUUCUAUGUUACGUACACGCUUGAAGAAUACAAAAUGCUUGAUGAUUACAUCAACACCACAGACAAGAACAAAGAUUGUUGUAAUCUCACAAGAUACUACUACUAUGAUGAAGAUGAUUGUUUUAGCUUUUACGGUGGCUUUCAAGAAGUUGAUCAUAAUGGUGGUAUAUGGAAUGAUGAUGAUGAUUAUAGCCAAUGGAAUCAAGAUGAUGGCGUUGAAAACCAUGAUGGUCAUGAUGAUGAUGAUGAUAACUUGACAAGUAGGAUUGAAGAUUACAUUGCAAGCGUUUACAAUGGAUGGAGAGAAGAGAGACGAGCAGAGAAGUUUGUGUGA